AUGGAAUAAUGCAUUUGUAAGAGGAGGAAAAUUAAUCUGGAAAGCAAAAAUGGGAGUGUUUACAAAUAAAUAGUUUAAAUGAUUAACAAAUGAGUGGGAUUUUGCUUGUCCCAAAGCGAAAUUUCUCUGAAAAUGUGUCGUGUUGAGAGAGUAGUUGAGAUUCGUGCUGUUCUCCAACCAAAAGUUUAGUUUAUACUAUAGUAAGAAUUAAAGGGAAAAAUAAAAGAUGGAUCAAAAACGAGAUCCCCUUUUUCGAAAUCCGAAUAAUUAUUUUUAACCUGUCUCUUUCUCAUGAUUUAGGAUUCCAAUUCCUUCCCUUUCCUCUCUCCAUAUUCUCUUUAGAAAGAGAUAAUUUUUGGUUUCUUCUGUGAGUGAUUAUUUCCAGAGCUCUCUUCAGUGUUGUCUACAAUGGCGUCAGAGAAGCCUAGGUCCAAGGGCCAAGCAUGGUUUUGCACGACUGGAUUACCUAGCGACAUUGAAAUCGAAGUUGAUGAUAUGACAUUUCAUCUCCACAAGUUUCCUCUGAUGUCAAAGAGCAGGAAACUUCACAGGUUGAUUACUACAGAGCAGGAGACGAGAUCGUUUUCUACUCUAAACCCCCAAACCUCCAUGGCGCUAACCGUAGAAGAAGAGAGUGAUGGGAAGGGGAAAGGGCAUGAGAUAGAGGACGAUGAAGAAGAAGACAAGCAGGAGGAGACUGAAGAAAAUGGUUAUCCUCACAUAAAACUUGAGAAUUUUCCCGGGAGUUCUGAGAGCUUCGAGAUGGUGGCAAAGUUCUGCUAUGGCGUCAAGUUCGAUCUCUCCGCUUCCACUGCUGUUCCUCUUCGAUGCGCGGCCGAUCAUCUCGAAAUGACGGAAGAGUAUUCACCGGAUAACCUAAUUUCAAAGACGGAGAGGUUUCUCUCGCAUUCCGUCUACAAGAGCUUGCGAGAAUCCAUCAAGGCUCUCAAAGCUUGCGAGUCAGUCUCGCCUUUAGCCGAAUCGCUUGGAAUAACGGAACAGUGCAUAGAUUCUAUCGUCUCGAGAGCCUCCUCAGCCGAUCCGUCACUGUUCGGUUGGCCGGUAAACGACGGAGGGGGUGGAGUCGUAGGCAUCUCCGCCACUGAUUUGCCGCUUAUCCCCGGCGGUGCUUUGAAGCCAGCGGAUGCGCGAAGAAAGAAACCGAGUAGAGAUACGAAUAUGGAGCUGUGGUUUGAAGAUCUGGCGCAACUGAGCCUUCCGAUCUUCAGAGCUGUGAUCCUGUCAAUGAGAUCGGGAGAUUUGAGCCCAGAUGUCAUAGAGAGCUGUUUGAUUUGCUACGCUAAGAAGCACAUUCCCGGAAUUUUGCGAUCUAACCGGAAACCGCCAUCGUCAUCUUCAACUGCAGCUUCGGAGAAUGAACAGAGAGAAUUACUGGAGACGAUAACCGCAAAUUUGCCAUUAGAUAAGAGCUCCAUCUCCGCAACCACGAGAUUCCUCUUCGGCCUAUUACGAACGGCCAUCAUCCUCAACGCGUCGGAGACUUGCCGAGAUCUAUUGGAGAGAAAGAUUGGAUCCCAGCUAGAGCGAGCCACGCUCGACGACCUGCUCGUCCCUAGCUACUCAUACCUCAACGAGACGUUAUACGAUGUUGAUUUGGUAGAGAGAAUCCUUGGCCACUUUCUCGACGCAUUGGAACAAUCGAACACCGCCCUGGUCGAAGCUGACGGACGAUCGCCGUCCCUUAUGCUAGUCGGGAAACUGAUCGACGGAUUUCUCGCGGAGAUCGCAUCCGACGCCAAUCUCAAAUCGGAUAAAUUCUACAAUCUAGCAAUCUCACUCCCCGAUCAGGCUCGGCUCUACGACGAUGGACUUUACAGAGCUGUCGACGUAUACCUCAAGGCGCAUCCAUGGGUAUCGGAAGCAGAGAGGGAGAAGAUAUGCGGCGUGAUGGAUUGUCAAAAACUUACACUCGAAGCGUGCACACACGCCGCACAGAACGAGCGGCUUCCACUACGAGCCGUCGUACAAGUCCUCUUCUUCGAGCAGUUACAGCUCCGGCAUGCGAUCGCCGGUUCGCUACUAGCGGCUCAAUCGCCGUCUCCGUCUCAGUCUACGGAGCCGAGACCGUCCGCAACGACGGCGAGAAGGAAUCUAACGAUAACGGAAGAGGAGGGCGAUGAAACGAGGGGAGAAGGACAGGUGGACGCUGGGAAAUGGAAGAAGACGGUGCGAGAGAAUCAGGUGCUUCGCUUGGACAUGGAUACGAUGAGGACGCGCGUUCACCGGUUAGAGAGAGAGUGCUCCAACAUGAAGAAAGUGAUCGCGAAGAUCGAUAAAGAAGGUUCACCGGCGGCGACGACCACCACCGAUCGGCCGAGAAGUUGGUCAAUUACGAAAAAAUUCGGAUGCAAAUUCAAGACACAGGUCUGCGAUUCGCACGAGGCAACGAUGGUUGAUCACAGAUCGCGACGGUCUUGAAUGGUUCGAUUCGUCCCUUAGUACAGAAUCAAGAAAGCAUGUUAUUAUGUAUGAUUCUUGGAUUUUUUUAUAUUUUUAGUUAACUCUUGCGGACAUGUUCUUCAACGCAUAUGUGAAACGUUUUGACUUUUGUGUUUUGUUGUGUAAUUGGAAAAAUAAACGUAUUCCAAUUUCCCAACCAACGUAAGGCCC